CGAAAGCUGUGGGGAGACACGUUUUUCGUUCUUAGCUCCUACGCACCAUGUCGGCCCCGGUCCAGCAGCCUCCUCAGCCUGCUGACGGGAAGCGCAAAGGCAAGGCUCAGUAUGUGCAGGCCAAGCGGGCUCGGCGCUGCGAUGCCGGCGGACCCCGGCAGCUGGAGCCUGGACUACAGGGUAUACUCAUUACUUGCAACAUGAACGAGCGCAAAUGCGUGGAGGAGGCCUACAGCCUGCUCAACGAGUACGGUGAUGACAUGUAUGGGCCGGAAAAGUUUACAGACAAGAAUCAGCAGCCCUCUGGAGACGAGGGAGAAGACGAUGAUGUGGAGGCUGCCUUGAAGAAGGAAGUUGAUGACAUCAGGGCGUUUACAGAGAUGAGGCUAAGAAGAUUCCAGUCCGUGGAGAGUGGAGCGAAUAAUGUUGUCUUCAUCAGAACACUUGGGAUAGAACCUGAGAAAUUGGUGCAUCAUAUUCUCCAGGAUAUGUACAAAACCAAGAAAAAGAAGACUCGGGUUAUUCUACGAAUGUUACCCAUCUCUGGCACGUGCAAGGCUUUCAUAGAGGAUAUGAAAAAAUAUGCAGAAACAUUUUUGGAACCCUGGUUUAAAGCACCAAAUAAAGGGACAUUUCAGAUUGUAUACAAAUCUCGAAAUAACAGUCACAUGAAUAGAGAAGAAGUUAUCAAAGAAUUGGCAGGAGUAGUAGGCAGCCUCAAUUCAGAAAAUAAAGUGGAUCUUACCAAUCCACAGUACACGGUGGUGGUAGAAAUCAUCAAAGCUGUCUGUUGCCUGAGUGUCGUGAAAGAUUACAUGUUGUUCAGAAAGUACAAUCUCCAGGAGGUAGUAAAGAGUGCCAAGGACCUGUCACAGCUUAACCCAAAGCAGGCAGCACCUGUGGGAAAUGGGAGAGAAGCUAAACUGGAAUCUGGUGACAAAUCAAGUCAAAGUGACCCAGCAGAAGGAAAAUGUAACCAGGAGGAGGUACCAGGGAAUAGUGAGGAGGUGAAGCAGACAAAACCAAUGUCUGAGACACAGGUGGUGAAUGAAGGCGGAAGUAAACCUGAACUUGGAAGUCAAGUCCCCAAAGAACCCAAGUCAAAUGAAAAUGACCUCGCAUAGGGGAAAAAAACCAUUCAGUGUUGAAGAAUGAAGUCUAUUACCCUUAGUUAAGGAGGAAGUCAUCUCCCAAGUUCCAUUUCUUGGAAAACCCUAUGGAGCACGGUUCUACUAUGACACACACGGGAUCUUCCAUGAAUCAGAAUCAACUCAACUGCAACUGGGAAAAAAAAGCUUGUAGAGCUUGCUUGGGAGCCUGGCCACAAUCUCCUAUUUGCAUUGUUUCUGUGAGAAAAUUAUUGAGUUCCAUGAUGGCUGUGUAUACAGUACAGUGAAAUCUUGCUUUUGCUUAUGCAGUAUCCAUUUGUCCUUUUGUACUAAGAGUAACCUGAUUUUCCUGUGGAGGAUUACUCUGACUUCUCUUUGGUGGGGUUGACACCAAGUCCAAGGACAGGCACAUGAUCCAGGUCUGGCCAGUCAGCAUAUACCAUUCCCCUAACCAGGAUACGCAAAUGUGACCCUGGGAGUUGCUUGAAACUGUUGGAAAUAAAGCUCUCUCCUUCCAGUGGGGCCAUUGUGUAAGCCUAGAGUUAGUUGCCACCAAGUAGGAAGGACUUGCCCAAAUAGAGCCAACAUAACAGCAGAGCCAAGAAAUGGAGAGAGACAUGAACCCUUGGAUGUAGCUGUAUCUGAAGCCUGACUACUCCUGGGCCUUCCUCUUAAGUGAGCCAAUAAAAUCUCUUUUAUUUUUUUACUUAAGUCAGCUUGAGUUUCUGUCAUUUGCUACCAAAAGAAUCCUAAUACCUGUCCCUUGGGACACAGCUCAUUUGUGAAUUUGAUUGCCUGUUAAACAUUUGUGCCACAUCUGUGCCUCAUAAUG